AAUCGAGGGACCUCGACAGUCCGACAUUCUUCCCGAUGGCUAGAUAAUGGUGAGAAUGGGGGCCGCUGUUCAAGGCAAAGACCAGAGCUGCUGCGUGUGUGGAUCGGCGUUGAAGCUGGCCGAUGGUCGGUGAGGACCGGCGGCAGAGAGACGUUCAGGCGGCUUCAGGAGACCGCGGGAUGCUACGUGGGCAGCUGGGAGAGAAGGGCUUUUCUACUAUGAGAGAGUGUGUGUGAGCCCGGGGGUCACCGUCCUCUCUGUUUAUAUAUAUAUAUUUUAAUUGAUUUAGCUCAUCGGUUCGCUGUUUUUUUUUUCAUAUAUAUAUAUUUUUUAAGCACACAGCGAGCACACACUGGUGAAGUUUUGGGGGAUGGCAGGUCGAAGCAGAAGAGCCUGGUUUAGUGUUCUGCUGGGGCUGGUGGUCGGCUUCACCCUGGCGUCCAGACUCAUCCUCCCCCGGGCCACGGAGCUGAAGAAAGCCGGGCACAAGAGGAAGGCGAGCCCGGCCGGCUGCUCGCUGACCGGGGCUCACAGAGCGGAGUACGGAGCAGCGCUGUGGCCGUCGCAGGAGGACGGGUCGCCGGCCACCGAGAAGCCUGGCUCCGGCUCCAACAACUUCCUGUUCGUGGGUGUCAUGACGGCACAGAAGUACCUGAACAGCAGAGCCGUGGCGGCACACAGGACAUGGGCACAGACCAUUCCAGGUCGCGUGGAGUUCUUCUCCAGUGAGGGCUCCGACACCUCCAUACCCAUUCCCAUAGUGGCCCUGAGAAAUGUGGACGACUCGUACCCACCGCAGAAAAAGUCCUUCAUGAUGCUCAAGUACAUGCACGACCAUUACCUGGACAAGUACGAGUGGUUCAUGAGGGCCGACGACGACGUCUACAUCAAGAGCGAGAAGCUGGAGGGCUUCCUGCGCAGCCUCAACAGCAGCGAGGCCACCUUCCUGGGCCAAACGGGCAUGGGAGCCCGGGACGAGCUGGGGAAACUGGCCCUGGAGCCCGGAGAGAACUUCUGCAUGGGGGGGCCAGGGGUCAUCAUGAGCCGCGAGGUCCUCAAGAGGAUGGUGCCCCACAUCCGAGAGUGUCUUCAGGAGAUGUACACCACCCACGAGGACGUGGAGGUGGGCCGAUGUGUCCGGAGGUUUGCCGGGGUCCAGUGCGUCUGGUCCUAUGAGAUGCAGCAGCUCUUCUAUGAGAACUAUGAACCAAAUAAGAAGGGCUACAUACGAGACCUCCACAACAGCAAGAUCCAUCGAGCCAUCACCCUCCACCCCAACAAGAACCCUCCUUACCAGUAUCGCCUGCACAGCUACAUGCUCAGCCGGAAGAUCGCAGACCUACGCCACCGGACCAUUCAGCUCCACCGGGAGAUCGUUCAGAUGGGACGCUACGGCGCCAAUGAGCCCAGCCGAGAGGACCUCCAGCUCGGCGUGCCGCCUUCGUUUAUGCGCUUCCACCCGCGGCAGAGAGAGGAAGUCCUGGAGUGGGAGUUCCUGACAGGGAAGUACCUGUUCUCGUCCUCUGACGGUCAGCCGCCACGCCGCGGGAUGGACUCCUCCCAAAGGCAAGCCCUGGAUGACAUCAUCAUGCAAGUGAUGGAGAUGAUCAACGCCAAUGCCAAGACACGAGGGAGGGUCAUCGACUUCAAAGAAAUCCAGUAUGGCUACCGGAGAGUCAAUCCGUUAUACGGGGCAGAGUAUGUGCUGGAUCUGCUGCUGCUGUACAAGAAGCACAAAGGAAAGACCAUGACCGUUCCUGUGAGGAGGCACGCCUACCUGCAGCAGACCUUCAGCCAGAUCCAGUUCAGAGAGGAGGGAGAGAUGGACGCCAGAGCUCUGGCCAGCCAUAUCAACAAGGAUUCCGACUCCCUCUCGUUUCUGUCCAACUCCCUGAAGAUGCUGGUGCCCUUCAAGCUGGCCACCUCAGGCCAGGAGCAGAGGGAACCCAAAGAGAAGAAAGUCAACAUCUUGGUCCCUCUGUCGGGACGCUACGACAUCUUCGUGCGUUUCAUGGCGAACUUCGAACGAGUUUGUCUGAUCCCGAACCAGAACGUCAAGCUGCUGAUCCUGCUCUUCAGCACGGACAACAACACGGAGCGGGUCAAGCAGGUGGAGCUGAUGAGGGAGUACCACAUGAAGUAUCCCCGGGCCGAGAUGGAGAUAAAGCCCGUCACCGGCUCCUUCUCCAGGGCUCUGGCUUUGGAAGUGGGCUCCUUGCACUUCUCCAACGAUUCGCUGCUCUUCUACUGCGAUGUGGACCUGCUCUUCACCAGCGACUUCCUGAAGCGAUGUCGGACCAACACGGCCCUCGGGGAGCAAACCUACUUCCCCAUUAUCUUCAGCCAGUAUGACCCCAAAGUGGUGUACGCUGGGAAGGUCCCUAGCAACAACCACUACGUCUUUACCGCCAAGACAGGCCUGUGGAGGAACUACGGCUUUGGCAUCGUCUGCGUCUACAAGGGGGACUUGGUUCGAGCUGGAGGGUUUGAUACCUCGAUACAGGGGUGGGGACUGGAGGACGUGGACCUUUUUAAUAAAUUUGUCCAGUCGGGGCUUAAGUUGUUCAGAAGCACAGACACGGGGAUAGUGCACGUUCACCACCCCGUCAUAUGUGACCCGAACCUGGAGGCGAAGCAAUAUAAGAUGUGUCUGGGCUCCAAGGCCUCGUCGCACGGCUCCACCCAGCAGCUGGCCGAGCUCUGGCUGGAGAAGAACGACCACGGCUUCAGGAGACUGGCCAGCAAUAACGGCUCAGUUAGGACAGCGUGAGAGAAGCCG